UGAGAGAAUGCGCGUUUCUUUGCAUACGUUUCAAGCAAUUGAGCGCGUUUCAAUGCGGCACUGCUAGCUUGGUUGUUGCGACUACAUGCGCGCUAUUUUGUGUGCUCUCCGCCACAGUUCUAUUAAAACGUAUGUAUUCGUAUAUGAAACGCAUGAAAACGGAAAAACUCUAGUUGUUUUUGAAGCGUUGCUAAGUUAAAACGUAUUUUUGUUUCUUAAUUGUGACAGUGAGAAGAGUUUUUAAGAAUGGUUAUAGACGAUUUUAAAUUGAUUCGUGAAGUAAAAAUACGACCAUAUUUCUAUGUAAAAGGUUUGACGGGCUAUCGAAAUUCCACGCUCCGCAAAAAAGGUUGGGAACAGAUCGGCGCUAUUUUUGAUACAUCGGUAUUUUUAACAUAUACAGGCGAAGAAUGUUGCACACGUUGGCGUGUUAUAAGAGACCGUUAUGUAAAAUUGAUUGCCAAAAAAGGAGCGAACAAACCAUUGACGGGUUAUGAUAAAAACUGGACACUUUACAAGCACUUAGGUUUCCUAAAAGCCCACAUUAAACCUAGAACAUACAAGUUCAAGCCUAGCGUUUCUAACGAUGAAGCUGACGAGCACGAGUUUAUACAAAACAUUUCUUACGAAGACACUUUCGACGAAGAUCUACCCAAAUAUGAGUCUAGCGUGGAAGAGGAGGAAUCACUUAUGUCCAUACCUGAUAUGGACUGUAGCGAUGAUUUACCUAUUGAAAUCACCACGACUGAACCGCUAGUGCAACCCACCGCACAAGUGCCUGACGUAUCCCCGCAAUGCAGUGAUUUACAAGAGAAAUUUUCAACUUUUACGAAGAGAGUGGAAUUUUUGCUAAAGCAGCGGCAGAUAAAUGCGUCCGAUGAUAAAAAUGAAGCUUUCUAUCGUAUGAUCGGCAUUAAGCUUGCUGAAUUGCCGGAAGAUGAGCAGGAGGAUGCUAAAUUGCACAUUAUCUCACACGUUUUCGAAAGGGUGAAGGCGUAUAAACAAAAGACUCGGUCGCUUAGUAGUUCUCACAAUUAGCUGCUAAAUCGUAAUAUAGGAAUUUAAGUGUUUAAUAACUUUUUUAUAUUAAAAUAAAGACUGUGUUAAAGUGAAAAUUACAUACAUAUAUAUGUAUAUACUAACUGUGCUGCAAGAUUAAUCCCUAUAUAUUUAGUUACAUAAGUAUGCGCUUGUAUACCUGUUUUGACAGGCAUCCGUUUGUGCUCCAUAUUCUCUUCAUUUUGAGUUUGCAGAAAAGGGGCCCGUUACCGUAUGCGCUCGGUGCACAAACAGCUGUUCAGUCCGCACUAGCAGGCCGGUUCUGAGCAGUGAUUUUUUCCUUAUAUACUUCUGCAAAUACAAAUCUAUGUAUGGUAUAUAAGCAGUAAAUAUGUGCGAACACUGCACCGAAACUCGUUCCAUAACCACUUUGCCCUUUGAGUGCACUUUUGUUUGGUUGAGUGAGAAAAAGCUCGCAGAGUACACAGCAAAAGGAGAAGAGUAUGAUUGUAACCAUACCUAAUAUAAGUAUUUUCGCUCUCGUAUUGUUGGCAGCUCGCGGCUAAGAACACAGAUUUAGGAAAUAACUACUUGCAAUAAAUAUACACACCUUCGACAACUGCCACAAUUAUUAUGAGUAUUUUCUACAUUGAGUGAGUGAUGAGAACAAGCAGUUCGUGAGUAUGAGUGAGUUCCUUCAAAAGCAAAUAAUAUAUAGAAAUAUGUGUAUAUUUUUAUAACUCUGCUUGAAGAAAAGUGUGCAAAUAGGAACCUCCACUAUAAAAAUACAAUAUUUAUGAGUAGCUGUGGAAAUUUUGUACACUUUUGGGUUUAGUCGAUAUAAAGCACCGUAACAGUGUACAACGAAAAUAGGGAAAAGUGAAUAGCGACUGAGUUGUUCAGCCAUGAGCAAUUCAGUUGGAGGAAAUUUACGUAAAAUUUUAUCGAGCAGCCAAGAAAAUUGCGUAAAUUCUAUUUUAGAGUUCUACAGCGAACGAAAACGAAUUAAAUAGUCGAAAAUAUGUCACAAACAUGACAUAAAUUAAAUCGAUCGAAAUUUUCGAAAUAGCUGUGAUAUUUUUUUAUUUUUUUUGAAUUUCCAACUUAUACGGUUGGUUGAGAUUUUCCUAAAAUUUUCAAUGAUUUAUGUCGCUAAGCACAAGUUGUGUCCUAUGUUAGUGUCGUAGGCGGAAGAGCUGAGCUGCGUAUGGAAAAAAUGAAAAGCUGCACAGUAACGGAGUUGGCAAUGUGAACAGUUAGGCAACGGCCAAGUUACAAUGACGGUCGUCCGCAAUAUGUGGCACAUCCGGCUCCACUCCACUCCGCGGGUACUAACACGGGCAUAACAGUGAUAUUUUAAUCAAGUGUUUGCUUGCAACCUUUGAACACUCAAAUACACAAUAGCACCCAACUGUAUUAUUUGCUCUUCGAGUUAUUUUGAAAUGCUAGUUUGUAAGCAUCUGGUUGACUGUGAUAUUUUACGCGUGUUUAUCGUGAAUCUAAAAACGAGGAAAAAACUAAAAAUUGCUGAAUGUAAUAUCUUCUAUGGUAUAUUACUCGGCUAAUUUUUGCUUUGCUCUGAACAUUUGGAUUCUUGAUAAAUUGUGAUAAGAAGCUGUGAUAUAUUUUGUGUUCAUUUUU